AUUUACAUGAGACUCCACAGCCGAUGUUUGGCGCAGCCUCUUCCAUUUCUGACCGGCAAACUAUUUCACACUUCAAAGUAGUCAGCUAUCGUCUCCUAAAGUGGUAUAAAAUCGAAGGCAAUGGCAUCCUUCGUAAGAACCUUAACGACGGCCUCUCUACUCCCUGCAGCCGUCGCCGUUACCGCCUUAUCCCAUUCUUCUCUCUUUCCGUCUUUCCGAUUCCCCGUUAAAUCCGAUCUCCCUCUCCCCGCUUCCUUGCUUUCAGCCUCGGCUCUGAGGUCCUUCGAAGCCGUCUCGAAUCCGUUCCGUGCUAACGCCGCUCUGCAUAUGGAAUCCGUGGCGGUUGAUGCCAAGCCCUACGAUGAGCAAACGGGGGUUCUGCCGGAGCUCAUGACUGAAUUUAUGGUAGAUAUGACAUGCGAAGGUUGUGUUUCGGCAGUAAAGAACAAUAUGCUAAAGCUUGACGGGGUGAGUGGCGUUGAUGUGGAUUUGAGCAAUCAAGUGGUAAGAGUUAUUGGGUCCAUUCCUGUGAAAACAAUGCUUGAAGCCCUAGAGCAAACUGGUCGAAAUGCACGGCUGAUUGGACAAGGAAACCCAAAUGAUUUUUUGGUUUCCUCAGCUGUUGCUGAGUUCAAAGGUCCGAAGAUCUUUGGGGUGGUACGCCUGGCUCAAGUGAACAUGGAAUUAUCAAGAAUUGAAGCAAGCUUCAGUGGUUUGUCUCAUGGUAAGCAUGGUUGGUCCAUAAAUGAGUAUGGGGAUUUGACUAGAGGUGCAGCAAGCACGGGGAAAACAUUUAAUCCCGCAAAUCAUUUAUCAGAAGAUAAGGCCUUGGGUGACCUGGGAACACUAGAGGUUGCGGAGAAUGGGGAAGCUCACUUCUCCGGUUCCAAAGAAAAGCUGAGAGUUUCUGAUCUCAUAGGCCGCUCAAUUGUGGUAUAUGAGAAGGAAGACAAAUCAGAUUCUGGCAUUGCAGCUGCAGUCAUAGCAAGAAGCGCUGGAGUAGGAGAGAAUUACAAGAAGAUCUGCACCUGCGAUGGCAUCACCAUAUGGGAAUCUACUUAGUUUUGUUAGUGAAAGAGGAUUUUUGGUUUCCGAGUCAACCCGAACCUGACCCAGUUUUAGAAACUGGUCGAAAUCUCAAACCCAAACUUGACCCGUAUGGCAAACAGAUUGAUCUGAACCCAAAAUUUUUGGGUCGGAUCCAAGACAGAUUUUAGGUCGGGCCAAGUGUUGACAGCCCUAACAGUAGCUUUGACAUGAUAUUCAAAGAGGUUGAAGGCAGUAGGACCAGCAAGCUCCUGUAAUUGUUUGCAUGAAAUCCUAGGGUUUUUGCCAAUUGAAAUAGAGCUUUGAUGUAAAUAUUGAAACUAAAUUUCAUUCUUAUCUUCAUAGCAGUUAAUUGCAUGUCUGUUCUUAGGGCUAAAAGGAAAAAAAAAAUGUUACGAUGAAUUUAUUUUGAGAACAGUAUAAUGUAAAAUAAUUUGUGCUGUGCACCUCUGAAAACAAAGCCAAAAAUUUUAAAGCCCGU